AAAUUUGGUUUUUUUUCCAGUGAGUGAUACGAAACGAUGUUUUGAAAAUGCAUUUGCUGAAAAUUAUGCCAAUACAAAAAGCCUAGAAAUUUCGGAAGUUAUUUAUUUGUAAAGUUUUAGUGUAUGACGUGCUAAGUGAUCUUGUUAUCAAUGAAAAUGAAGGCUUUAGUGGCGACUGUGAUCAGUCUAGCCCUCACUACUGUGGUAAUAGGCAAUGCCUAUUACCAGAAGAAACAGUUUUAUCCAUCUGUAGUUUAUCUCACUAAUUCCAAUCCUAGUAUGGCUGUCAUGUAUUUACAAGCUUUCAUACUGGUGUUAUUGGUUGGUAAAAUUUUGCGCAAAAUCUUCUUUGGUCAACUGCGGCCAGCCGAAUUCGAGCACUUAAUAGAAAGAUCUUGGUAUGCCAUAACGGAGACUUGUCUUGCAUUCACGGUGUUCAGAGAUGACUUCAAUCCUAAGUUCAUAGCACUUUUCACUCUCCUGCUGUUUUUGAAGGCAUUCCAUUGGCUCGCUGAAGAUCGAGUCGAUUAUAUGGAAAGGAGCCCGGUGAUUGGUUGGCUUUUCCAUGUAAGGAUUCUAAGUUUAUUAACACUUUUGGCUCAUGCGGACCUGUAUUUCAUCCAUCACGCGUACUCCUUCACCACAUCCAAGGGUCCGUCGGUCCAGGUUGUGUUCGGAUUUGAGUACAGCAUUCUCAUAUUUAUGAUUGCGAAUAUCUUAAUCAAGUAUAUGCUGCACGCGAUCGACUCCCGCUGGGAGGCUCCCUGGGAGAGUAAGGCGGCGGUUCUUCUCUACACUGAGUUGGCCAUCAACUUCCUUAAGGUCCUUUUAUACAUCGGCUUCGUAGCCGUCAUGGUGCGAAUCUACACUCUGCCGCUGUUCGCCUUCAGACCCAUGUACGAAACAUUAAGGAGUUUUAAUAAAGCGUACAACGAUGUGGUGUUGUCACGUCGAGCGAUCAGGAACAUGAACACCCUGUAUCCGGACGCUACCCCCGAGGAGCUAGCGGCGGCUGACAAUGAAUGUAUCAUAUGCAGGGAGGAGAUGCAUAGCGGAGCUAAGAAGCUUCCGUGCAACCACAUCUUCCACGCCGCCUGCCUCCGUCUCUGGUUCCAACGACAGCAGACUUGUCCGACUUGUCGUCUUAACGUUCUUAGAGCGCCAGCGCCUGAGCCGCCGAACGCUAACCCCAACGCCAACGUGCCGAACGUCAACCCGCCAAACGUCAACGCGCCUAACGUGCAGGCUCCGACCCCACCAGCCGUUCCACCACCACCCUUCCCCAAUAUGCCUCCACCACCACCGAUGAUGGGUUGGGCGCUCCCUCCCCCUCCCCCCCGGCCGGCCUCGCUCGCUAGUCUCACCACCGAGGAACUGAGACGUAUGGAGGGCAACGAGAGAAGGAACAUAGAGGCGCGUCUACAGUUACUCAUGGAGAUCCAGUCGAUGCUGGACGCGUCCGUGCUGUUGAUGCAGCAGUACUCGAACGUUGUCUCCAACCAGCCCGCCAACCUGUCCAACGUGGCCACACAGACGGACAUACGAAGGACGGAACCUUCCCCCGAGCCGUCUCCGGUGCGUGUGAGAGCGGAUCCGGAACCCGUUGCUUCUACUUCCAAGAUGUCGACCUACAUCGCUACACCUGGACCAUCCAGCAGACACGACUUCGAAGAUAUGGAGACGAGUGUAAAUAGGGAAAUAUCUGAUGCCGACGCUGAAGAGCUCAGGCGACGUAGAUUACAGAAGUUUAGUGCAGAAAAGUGAACCCCCCGUAUAUAACAAACUUUCGUGUCCCUCAACCUAUUGCUAUUAUUAUAAUGUACAAAGUGUUUUCGAAGUCCAGCCUUGUAUACUAAUUUAAAAAAUAAUAAUAAUAAAUGUAUUUGUGUUCUUGUAAAUAUAUUUUGAUAUAUACAUGAAUACAUUUAAUAAAAUACUUCUCAUUAGAUACGCUAUAGCUGUUCACGACUUGAAUGAAACUACUAUACUAUACUAUCUGUAUUUAUUUAUUGAUUUUUUUUAAUUCUAUACUAUAAUAAAGUUAAUCUUCAUUAGCAGUUGUAAAAGGCAUUUAUAUAUCCGUAAACUUUAGGGUUGUAAUUCUCUAGCACGGGCGCACCGUCCAGAUAUCUGCUGGAGUCGUAUAACUUCAUGUUGUUCUUGCUAUACCAAACGUUCUUAGUACCAUCCGCGCCGUCGACGUUUAAUGUGUUCAGUUCAAAGACACAGAAAUGAAAUCUCUGACCGUCUGUCUGGAUGCAAUUUAUGUGUACCGGAUCAGGUAGGUCUUUGACAUCCUCCUGUAAAUACCAAAAUUAAUAUUAUUAUAUAGAAUAAUAUAAGUGUUUUUAACAUU